AACUUCAGCAUCUUUUAGGCAAAAACAGCACCCGACCCAGCCACCCUCACCUUCCUCGACUUCGAAAUCGUGAGACAGAGAUGAGGCUGUUAACACACAACAUGCUUUCAUCGAACAUCAAGGGCGUAAGCAACGGGUUUCCUCUUCGAAUCGAGGUAGAGAAAGUGGUGGAGAAGCAAGUCGACUUCAACGCCGACUUCCUCCACAACAUGUUUCCCAAGAUCGAGUGGAAGGCCUUCGUCGACGCCGCUAAGACCGUAGGCUACGCGGAGCUCCCUGAGGAGGUCGAUUCGUCUGCGCUCGAAUCGGAAGAGUUCUUAAACAAGUUCCACCAUGCCCUUCUCGAGCUCCACCUCGAGGAAGGCGCCCUUGUUUGCCCUGAGACCGGUCGCCGCUUCCCUGUCAGUAAGGGAAUCCCCAACAUGCUCCUCCAUGAGGACGAGGUCUGAAUUUUGUGUUGGUUUUUUUCUAGUUUAUAAUUAGGGUUCUUGGCUUUGCUAAUAGGGUCAAGUGAAGCGAUCACUGAUUUGAAUUGGAAAACAGGGUUUCGUUUCUUGGGAUUUGUUAAUUAUGAAUUUGAGUAUUACCUCUUUUUUUA